AUGGGUUCGAUGACAAGCAACACUUCAACCAAUGGAGUAGAUAGAGAUCCUUCCAGCCAGUGGUAUGAACCACUCGAGAAUUGGCCUAACUGCUCAUACCCACGGUUCGCAGCUGGCCUUGGCUACAUCAUCGGCGGCACUUUGGUGCGUCGGAUUAUCAACGAAGGUAUACCAGAAAGGUACAUGCUCUGGAACGAGGAUGCGGCCAUGGGCGUGUGGAUCGACGUUGCAAGGCAGCGCGGCGCAAACGUGAGUUAUUUUAAGCUCAAGGCCGUUGGCAAUUCUUACCCUACGCUCGAGGGUUGGCAGAAGGAGUUGAAGUGGUUCUAUCAGGGACCUUUGAAAAAAUACAUGGGGGUCAUGCUGCAUCACCACCUGAGUGCCGAGGCAAUUUCUUGCCUCAGAGGAGUUGAGCAGAGAGCGCAGAAGCUGUUUGGCAACUACUCCGAGCCAAUCGACGCGUGCUUCACCGACGAAGACACGGAGUUCAGGCCAAUCAUCUGGGACAAGUCGGCAACACGUUGGGCCCAACCUGGCUGCGAGGGCCCCGCAGGGGUGGCCGGCAUGCCAGACCUCGUCCAGUUCCACCGUGCCCGCCGCGGGGGCCGCCUGUGA